CCCUGCGGGCCGCUCGCCGUCGCCAUGGAAACGAAAGCGGCCAGGGAGCUCUCUGCCCUAACGCGCCGGCCACGGUGGGCUCAGGGCUGCUACGCCGCGGCGGACGACGAUGCUGAAGGCCAAGAUCCUCUUCGUGGGGCCUUGCGAGAGUGGAAAAACUGUUUUGGCCAACUUUCUGACAGAAUCUUCUGACAUCACUGAAUACAGCCCAACCCAAGGAGUGAGGAUCCUGGAAUUUGAGAACCCGCACGUUACCAGCAACAACAAAGGCACAGGCUGUGAAUUCGAGCUAUGGGACUGUGGUGGCGAUACUAAGUUUGAGUCCUGCUGGCCAGCCCUGAUGAAGGAUGCUCAUGGAGUGGUGAUCGUCUUCAAUGCUGACAUCCCAAGCCACCGGAAGGAAAUGGAGAUGUGGUAUUCCUGCUUUGUCCAGCAGCAGUUGUUACAGGACACACAGUGUAUGCUAAUUGCACACCACAAACCAGGCUCUGGAGAUGAUAAAGGAAGCUUGUCUUUGUCGCCACCCUUGAACAAACUGAAGCUGGUGUACUCGAACCUGGAAGAUGACCCUGAGGAGAUCCGGAUGGAAUUCAUAAAGUAUUUAAAAAGCAUCAUCAACUCCAUGUCUGAGAGCAGAGACAGGGAGGAGAUGUCAAUUAUGACCUAGCCAGCCUUCACCUGGGACUGCCACCUCCCCAGUGAAAUCAGCAUGUUUCUUGGUGCAGAUCUGAAAUCACAUCCAGCUCCUGAUGUUUUCUUCUCCCUGUGACUGCAGAGGAAGUGUUCCUACCUGCAGGAAGGCACCUGUCACGCAGGACAUUCACUCAGACCAUCUAUGCUCUGUCCUGAGUUCAGUUUAGAAAAUCCUAUCAUCGAAUUCAGAUUUCCUGGCCCCAGAACUUCCCAAAGACCUAUAAAAUGGAGGGAUUUACCACCUUCACAUAUGUCCAGUUAUAUAGUUUGUGGAAUUGUAACCGUUGCAGCCCAAUGAUACAACAGUAGUUUAAUCAUGUGUAUUGGCUUGCAUGUAAUUUUCAUUCCUUGAUUUACCCAA